UUAACUCUCCUCUCUUUCCCUUUUGUUCGCUCAGGUUAUGGCGGGGUGGAGUUGCUGCUGGUGCUGUGGGGCCUGGAUCUCUCUAUGCCCUGCCCCCGCCACUGCAUCUGCUACACUUCACCUAGCACCGUUUCCUGUCAGGCUCACAACUUCCAUGCCGUGCCCGAGGGCAUCCCCGCUCAGAGUGAGCGUGUCUUCUUGCAGAACAACAAGAUCCAGCGGCUGCUCCGCGGCCACUUUUCGCCCACUACCACCAUGCUGUGGCUGUACUCGAACAACCUCUCCUACAUACAGCCGUCCACGUUUCACGGCUUUGACCGGCUGGAGGAGCUCGACCUGGGGGAUAACCGGCACCUGAAGGCUGUCGCCUCAGACACCUUUAUGGGUCUGGGUCGGCUUCACGCGCUGCACCUGUACCAUUGUGGCCUCAUCAGUCUGCCUCCAGGGAUCUUUGCUGGUCUACAUAAUCUUCAGUAUCUCUACCUACAGGAUAACCAAUUAGAGUUCUUAGAGGAUGAUUUAUUCAUCGACCUCCUGAACCUGAGCCAUCUCUUCCUGCACGGGAAUCGGCUUUGGAGUCUUCGCCAGAACACUUUCCGAGGAUUGGGCGUCUUGGACCGGCUCCUUCUGCACCAGAACCGAAUCCAGUGGGUUGAUCGGCAGGCUUUCCAUGACCUUCGUCGUCUCACCACGCUCUACCUGUUCAAUAACUCCAUCACUGAGCUAUCCGGUGCCACCCUGAUGCAGCUGCCAGCCUUGGAGUACCUGCGUCUAAAUGACAAUCCCUGGGAAUGUGACUGCAAGGCGUUAUCCCUCUGGGACUGGCUGCGAAGGUUUAGGGGCUCCACAUCCACUCUGAUCUGCGUUUCACCGCCGGAGUUGGCAGGAAAGGAUAUGAAGAUGGUGAAGAAGGAAGAGCUACCCAGCUGCUUGUCGAACGAGGGUCACAGAAGAGGCAACUCUGGAGGGGAGAUGGAGCAUGGAGACUCUUUAAACCACCUAAACCGCCACAGAAUCCAUCACAACCAUCAUCAGCGGCCGUACCUGCCGCAUGGGGACCAGUACAGCUUGCCUUCGCCCUCACCCCUGCCGCGUCCACCGAAGGGAAGCCGCAAAAACUGUACCCGCAGGGGCCGCAAGGGAAAAGGGGGGCUCAAUGAGGUACAGGUACUUCAGGAGGGGGAUGAGAAGGACUACUCUCCAGAUGGAGGUAAAUACGAUAUGUCUGCAUCCUCAAGAAGGAGAAACAAGUGCAUCCCCAGAACUUCUGUUGGUCCACCAAGUGGAGUCCAGAGAGCUAAUAACACUGGGUCCCACACAGUGGCAUUUAUUCCCUGUUUGUCAUCAGCUCUGUUUCUGUCAAUCUAUUUUAUGAUCCUGCGCUGAAACAGAACCCAGACACUUAUGUGCUAAUGAUGCAACCUUAUUAUUAAUUCUCCUAAAAAAACAAACAAAAAAAAAACCCUGUCCUGGCUAUAUAAGGAGACAUGUGGACAACCAAGUGUGUACUUGACACUGUUUUGGGAACAUUGUGAAGUAUUCCUGCGGUAAAAAUGCAGGGAUUCUUGUGUCAAAAGAUGGAAGUCAGGGAGCAAAACUCAGCCCACUGUUUUGAUGAUGUCAGCAUAGAAACAACAGGGAAACUUCUGUCUCUUUGGCAUCAGUCACUUCAUCAAAUUUAUGUACUCAUGAAAACUGUACAGCCUCAUGAGCCAAUUAUUCAUUCAAAUUACAGUGAGAGCACACAGUAAGUAUCAAAACAGUUAACCCUCUUGACUCAGUAGUGCUCUCACAGCACAGCCUUGAUCUGUCACUCACACUAGGACAAAGACAGUCAUUUAAAGCUGUCUCUUUGCUCACUCAACAGCACCUUAAGAUCAAGAAACAAAGUACCGCAGACACUGGUGGCAGGAAAAUGAGUCAUUGUGAAGAGUUUCAGCGGUAAUAGCUGUAAUCACUAUCAAUCCGCCGGCAAAUUGGCUCUGCACCCACGUCUCACAGCAGUUUUAAUGCACAUCUGUACACUUUGGCAUCUAAAUAAUACAGCUGAAAUUGUCACACAACAAUAUAGCUGUCAGUUCGUCAAAGCAGUCCAGUCGAAAGCUAUCAUUUGUCCUCAACUUUGCAUACCAACCUAAAAGCCAUUCCAAGCCAACAAAUCAUUCUAAAAGCCAACUGGUCUCAUUCAGCAUCCUAGAGUGAGUGAAUAUUUCUGAGAAACUGUUGUGUAACUGUGGGUGUAAAGUGGAAAAGGAAAAUAAAUACUCUAAAGCCAUGUGGAUACAACAAAGCUAGAUAAAAAGAGUGCCUAAUGGGAGCCAGUUAUCCUAUGAACAACAUCUGGAGGCAAGAGACAAUUUCAUUCACUGCAACUUCUCUUGGUUGAGCACCUCUCUGCAGGCUUAGAAAAAGCAGGGGAUUUAGUCUCAGUCAUAAAACUUCUGAUUCACUGAAAGUGAUGUGCACUUCCCUCUGUAACACAAUGGAGGUUUGUGUAUCAUUCAAAGCACCAUUCAGUCCAAACUGUCACAGGAAACAGAUUCUGUGUCAGAGGUUUGAUCAGCCUCUGUUGAGUAAAAAGCAAGGUCAGAGUGUGUGACGAAUGAAGGAGCUUGCGGACUGCUCCUCUCUGGUUUAACAAGGACUUGUUGAUCUUCAAGCCUGUUUGAAGAGUUGGAUUUUAUCGCUGCUAGGUCUGAAGAGAGGAAAUCCCUAUGACAUGUGGAGGCUAUGUGCUCUUCUCCAAGAAUUACCCAUGAAAAAUGAACAGUGGGAUACAGCACACCCUUUGAUAACAGAGCGGUUCAACAGUGGUCUUCCCCUGGAAAGUAAAAAAAAAAAAAAAAAGACCAACCACCGUCACAGCUCACUUCAAACCCGGGACUCUCAUUUGUUUUUUUUCUCUAGACAUCUGUGCAGCUCACCGUGGAAACUGAUAACACAAAUCAUAAUUUCAUAAUUUUCUACAGCAAAACAAAGAAUUGUUGUCUUUAUUUGAACUAGCUGCUCCUCAUAAGUAGGGAUGCACCAAUAAAUUGACACGUGACAGGAAGUGGACAGUUUUCAGAUCGAAUACCUCCAGUAGGCUACCAGCCAUUUGGGAACUCAAAUUUGGUUAUUGCUCUGGUUGAUCUCCAGAGAUCACUCAAAAGUACAAAAGACUCAAAGUUAGCUAUUCUCAGGAUCAAGUUUAAAAAUAAGACAAGAACAAAAAAUAAGAGUAAGCACAAAGAUCGAAGAAGCAACACUUUUUCUGUAAGCAACACAUCUGUAAUUAUUUCUUUUGAAAGAGGGAGAGUUUGAUUUUCAGCUGAUAACAGAAAAGCUGAACAGAGUCCAGAAAAACUGCUUCAUUUUAUCCUUUUGAAUAUUCUACCCUGGUCUGUUAUCUUGGCUGCCUUUUGGAAAUCUCAGUUAAAGGGACAGUUUGGAUUGUUUAAAUUAGCAGUAACAGCUGUCUUUCCUGUUGUAGACAGAUUCACCCAAGGUGAAUAAAUUCCCAAAGUGAGUCAAAUUAACCAUUUGUUUUAACUUAUUUUCUGUGGUUAAAAACAAUCAAAACUAAAAAUGAGCGAGAGAAACCUAUGUUAGCAACUAGAUUGUCACAUUACCCUGUUGUUGAUGACAGUGAAUUGGGAAGAAGUAGUUCCUCAUUGACCCCCUGGUUCAUGUCGGCCAGCAGUCAAUAGAUGAGAGGUGGAGUCCAUUGACUACUGGAGUAGAAACCCUUCAGGUGAGCCAGAGGUAGUAAGUGGGUAUUGAAGAUGUAUAGACUGCAAGGAAGAACAUUACUGCAGUUUUUCUAUCCUUUUGUUCCUGAGAGAUAAUUCAUCCACAUCAGGAAAACAGCAAGCCUGUUUUCACUGUGCAUCCAUAAAAAACACAAUCUUGCUUUAAAAGAUACCUUUGUGCUCAUGAUCUGAGUACCAUUUAAAGAAACAUGAGCUGACAGUAGCAUUGAAUAAAUUUUGGUCUAAUAUAUGUUAGUGAUCCAUUCAUUGUGUUUCAUAAGCAUGUGGAGCUGUCCACUUUUCUACUAGUGGAGGGAACCUAAUCACUUACUAAAAACUAUCUCUGUAAGGCAGUUCACAUUCUCUUACACGGAGAUUUUUGUUUUUUUCAGGGUAGUCAUACUAAUUGGUAAUAUCAGAUGCUAAACACAGUUUAAAAUGUGAACUCCAUUAUUAUUGUGUUACUUUGGCCCUGAAGCGCAAACCACUUCAACAGAUCACUACACACAACAACCUAUUCAAAAACAUGACAUUAACUAAGCAUGUUAUUCUAACAUUCAUUCUCUGUCUUUGUUUAGAUUAGCAGACAGAGUCACAGUGCUAUGCAUCGCCCAAACUGCAGAAACCCCCCCAAAGCUUCGCGGUUUGUCCCAACUCAAAAUAUUCUUGGAUAGCCGUAGCUACGUAGACAUGAAGUCUCCUGAGUAUUCAUGUCUAUGGGUAGCUAUGUUAUUCUUCUUUUUUGUUUUAUAAUGGCGGAUCACAAACGCCUUCAAGGUGCAUACUGCCACCUACUGUAAGUGAGUGUGCAGCAUCAUUAACAUGCAUCAAAUUCAGUUUUUUCUGGUAUCUUGUAUAAUGACGAUAAAUGGGUAAUGUUUUCAGUAGCUAUAUUUGCGUCAUUGGUAACAUUUGUAUUUUCAAUAAAUACGAAUGUCCUGCGCUAAAACCAGAAUAAUUUCCGGUUCUAACGUCAAAAGAGGAAUCGCCCAAUCAGAUAUAUAUAUAUAUAUAUAUAUAUAUUUAUUAAUUUGUAGUUGUAUUUUUCAAUUUGUGGCCUUUGGAGGAAAGUACCAGCACUCCUCAUGACCCCACAAGGGAAUAAGUGUGUUGAAUAAUGGAUGGACAGAUUUUUCCUUUUGUAGUUGUAUUUAGGGAUUUGUUGAUGUGUUUUGCACUUCAGGGCCACCAUAGUUUGUCUUUGGUUGAAAAACAAUCACAAAUCUUUUAACAGCUGUGUCACAAACACAGUCAGACAUCCCCAAAUGUGCUCCAAGUGUAAAUCAUUUUCACCACUCUAGGCAGGAAGACUAGAAAAAAACAUUUUAAACGCUGUUAUCUAACUAAAAAUAGGAAUGAACUAAAAUCAGUGUCAGAUAUUAGCUCUCCAAAGGUGGAGAUCAGAUAAGCCUCAGAAUUAUGACUGGUGCAUCUCUACUUAUAAUCAAACAAUAAUUAAGCAAAAAAUAACACAGUUAUGACAGGUCAUUUAAAACAAAAAAGCACAAAAAUUGAGAUCUGGUUUACAGACUACCCCAAAA